AUGUUUGCAAAUAAGUACGCUGUCAAACUCUUAAACAGAAGUGGGCUUUAAAAGAUUGCACUGAGAUCAUUUUUCAAGGUUUAAUAGGCAUCAUAGAGAAAUCAACUCUAUUAUUUGAUGAUACAGUCAUCAAAUAGACUAUAAUACACAACUUAAGCUAAAUACUUCUUCUCAACCUCUAAUGAAUCAGGCCAAAAAAUCUAAAAUGAGUAAAAUAAAACUUAAUAAUAGGAGGAUGGAUCUGAGUAGAUUUCAUAUACAAUUACUGAGGAUGACAUUAAAGGCACAAGGUAAAUGGCAUAAAAGGGUUUGCUACUAAUGAUGUUUACAUGCAGUGUUUGCAAUACUAAAGCAGCAAGAACAUUUUCCAAGGAUUCUUAUGAAAGUGGUGUAGUGCUUGUCAGAUGUGAAGGAUGCGAUAACUUACACUUGAUUGCGGACAAUCUAGGCUGGUUCAGAGAUGAAAAUGUUAAUAUUGAGGAUAUUCUUAGGGAGCAAGGCAAGAAAGUUCAUAAGAAUUUUACUAAAGAAUCGAUUGAAUUCACAAUGAGAGGUCCUAAUGAUUAGGUAAGCGACGAGCAAUUAAACUUAGAACAUCAUCACCAUCAUCAUGAUGGACCUUGCAAUCAUGAUCACCAUCAUCAUAAUCACAUGCAUCACCACCACAAUCAUGAUGGACAAUGUGAUCAUAACCAUAAUCAUGGCCACAAUCAUGAACACCAUAAUCAUGAUGGUCCAUGCACUCAUCAACAUCAUGAAGCUCCUAGUAAUAGCAAUAAAAAUGAUCAUCACCAUCAUGAUGGCCCUUGCACUCACGAUCACUCUCAUGAUCAUAGUCAUGAAAAUACUAAUGGAAAACAAAGACAAUGA